UCUGAUAACGUUGUUGUAAAUCAGCAAACAAUAUUCUUAAAAUAUAAGUAACUAUUGGUAAAUAAAAAUGAUCAAAAAUUUAUUCAACGGUAUGUACAACAAUUCUUCAAAGUCACUUUUCGAUGUAGUGGUUCGCGGAAAUGUUCACAUUGGAAUAAUUAUUGGAUAUUUAUUCGGAGUAAUAGCACGUCAGGUAGUAGAAGUUAAAAAUUUUUGUGAAAAUGAACCUUGCAACUAUUUUAUACCACCAAAUUCUACCUUGAAAGAUGCUGUAAUAAAUUAUUUCAUAAAAGGCAAUGCUGUCGAUAUCGAAAAGAUACUCGGGAUUUAUAGUUUUUUUGUAAUAGUUAUCACAUUACUUAUUAUAAAAGCCGCAGAAGAGGAAAUUAUCAGUCACCAGUUACUUAUAACGUUUUCACUAGCGAUGUUAUCUGAAAUUGCUCUUGCAAUGUAUUUUGCUCAAAAAUGGCUCAAAUAUGAUUUACUUCCUCACACAUAUUUUACUAUUGUGACUGCUUUUCUUCUCUGCAUCGGAGAGCGUAUAUUACUUAGCACUACAGUAAUUAUGCAUUACUUCAGUUUGAAAUUUGAGUCAAAAGAGGAGAAAAAAGAGUAAGUACUUUGAGCCAUAACGAAAGAAGAAUAAUGAUUAAAUUCAUCGAUAUCAGUUACAAAUAAUUUUAAAAUAAACUACUUCAAUAUAUAAAAUAUUAAGGAGAGCUUAAAAUAUAAAGAACAUGAAUUUUAUCCAAUAUGCUAUAUUUCACGAGGAAGGUAUCUCAAGCGUCCCUGUCCGAUUUCGAUAAAACUGAGUGACAUUCUCCGUCGAAAUCUAAGGGAUACGUAUUUUUUUAGCAGCGAAAACCAACGCUAAUAAAAAUAUUGAUGUUUUCAUGUUGGUCAAUGUAGAUGGACUUAGGGGUCGUUCACCAUCUAAACUUGAUUUUUCGGAAAAACCCAAAAAGACGUGUCCUCUACUUUUUUUAACUUCCCGCUAAGAAAAUUGUAAAUUUUCAAAAAUUCGGGAAGUUAUUGGUUUCGGUCCGAUUUACGAAAAUCGAAUUUCCAUCAGAUGUCGACGUUUCGAGGUCCUAGGAAGCUAUCCUGACUAAUUUCACGAUGAUGUCCGAGUGUAUGUAUGUGUGUACGUACGUACGUACGUACGUACGUACGUAUGUAUGUAUGUAAAUAUUCAUAACUCUUGAACGGAUGAACCGAUUUUGAUCGUUGAGGUGUCAUUCGACGCGGCUUGUUAAUGUCUUGAGGCCGUAGAAAUUUGAACUUAAUCGGUAGGGUGCGUUCAGAGAUAUUUCAAAAAUAAAAUUUUUUCAAAAAUGUUUUAUUUGGAUAACUUCCAAUUCGCUCGAUGGAUUGAUUCCAAAAUCUAAUCAGCUCUAAAACUCUAUAAGCCGCGUCGAAUGCCACCUCAACCAUCAAAAUCGGUUCAUUCGUUCAAGAGAAACCGUUGACGAAAGAAUUCAAAAAAAAUUUUUUCCUUGGUUUUUUUGAAAUUUCUCAAAAACGGCUGAAUAAAUCAAUUUCAAAAUUCGACCAGCUUUAGAACUUGAUAAAACGCGUCGAUUGCCACCUCAACCAUCAAAAUCGGUUAAUUCGUUCGCGAGAUAUCGUGGAAGAAAGAAAUGCUAAAAAAUGGUUUUUUACAAAACAAUGGCAUACAAAAGUAUUUGCGAGCUCGAAGAGCUCGAAAAUAUAUUCACAAUAAUGUUUUCGAGCUCAGCGAGCUCGAAAACAGCGGGAAGUUUUGGGGCUGGCCCGCAGGGUCAACUGACAGACCGAUUUUUUAUCUUACGAUCGCCGCUAAUUUCGUUAAAAUCCAUCAGAUAGUUAUUUUUAAAUAAAAGUUUUGUGAAUUUCAACCCUUAGAACUUUUGUUAUAUUUAUUUUUUUAUUACAACACCAAUGGCACUACAUUAUUUUUCACCCCGAAAAUGAUGCCGUUGGUCCCAUUCGAUUAUUCAAACUGCAAGUACUUGCAGUUUCGUACACACGAAACUUGAGAAACGCCCCGUAUGAAAAAACCAUAUACUGUCGAUAAUAUAUAAAAAAAUGUAUGGUAAAUAACUGUACAUAUAUGGCGGCAAAAUUAUUAAUAUUGAUUAAUAUAUGAUUUAUUAUAUAUAAUAAUUUAUACGUUCAAUAUUAUAAUAAUCCAUAUCAUUUAAAAUAUAUGUGAUUAUAUACAUGUGAUAUUGUAUCAGAAAUUAUAUGU